UUUUUCUUUAUUUCUCUGUAAAACCUCGCAAAGCAUCUUCACAUUUUCCCGCGCUCUCUCUCAAUGUCGAUCAAGCUUCUCGUUCUUGUUUUCUCUCUUCUGAUAAUCUUCACGAGACCCAAAUUGAUCGCCGAUCAUCACUUAACUACAAGAAUCUCUCCGUUUUCUCCUUCAAUUCCGCCGUUUUUACCUCCAUCGCCGUCACUCAGAGCCCAAUCUCCGGUGGUGAAGCCGUCUUUGCCUUUUGUACCGGCGUUGUUCGUGUUCGGAGAUUCUUCAGUUGAUAGUGGAACUAAUAACUUUCUUGGAACCUUAGCGAGAGCAGAUCGGCUUCCGUACGGUAGAGAUUUUGAUACGCAUCAACCAACGGGAAGGUUUUGCAAUGGAAGAAUCCCAGUUGAUUAUCUAGCUGAUCGUCUAGGUUUACCAUUCGUUCCUAGCUAUCUUGGACAAACUGGGACUGUUGAAGACAUGUUUCAAGGAGUAAACUAUGCAUCAGCUGGUGCUGGAAUCAUUUUGUCUAGUGGAUCUGAACUGGGCCAGCGGGUUUCAUUCGCUAUGCAGGUUGAGCAGUUUGUUGAUACAUUCCAGCAGAUGAUACUGAGCAUUGGGGAGGAGGCUUCGGAACGUUUAGUCUCAAACUCGGUUUUCUACAUAUCGAUUGGAGUGAAUGAUUACAUACAUUUCUACAUCAGAAACAUCUCCAAUGUGCAGAAUCUUUAUACUCCAUGGAAUUUUAAUCAGUUCUUGGCUUCAAAUAUGAGACAGGAGCUCAAGACUCUGUACAAUGUUAAAGUGAGGAGAAUGGUGGUGAUGGGACUGCCACCUAUUGGCUGUGCACCAUACUACAUGUGGAAGUACAGAAGCCAGAACGGUGAAUGUGCAGAAGAAGUGAACAGCAUGAUCAUGGAAUCCAACUUUGUCAUGAGAUACACUGUAGAUAAACUCAACCGUGAACUUCCAGGCGCAUCCAUUAUCUACUGCGACGUGUUCCAAAGCGCUAUGGACAUCCUCAGGAACCACCAACUCUACGGUUUUAAUGAGACGACAGAUGCGUGUUGUGGGCUAGGAAGGUACAAAGGAUGGCUUCCAUGCAUCUCGCCGGAGAUGGCUUGCUCCGACGCCUCCGGUCAUCUAUGGUGGGACCAGUUUCAUCCUACUGACGCCGUUAACGCUAUCCUCGCCGACAAUAAAAUGGAGCUCGAUUUUGACGCUAGUAACUUGGUUGAAGAUGAAGCUGCUGAAGUUGAACAUAAUGACAUGGCUGGAAUUGAAGGGGAAAGAUGUGGGAUUUGCAUGGAUAUAAUUAUUGAUAGAGGCGUUCUCGAUUGCUGUCAGCACUGGUUCUGCUUUGAAUGCAUUGAUAAUUGGUCUACGAUUAUGAACCUCUGCCCUCUCUGUCAGAGAGAGUUUCAGUUGAUUACAUGUGUCCCAGUGUAUGAUUCAGGUGAAAGCAGCAAGGUUGAUGAGGUUUCGUUAUCAGGAGAUGAAGAUUGCUGCAUUGAAGAGGAGACUGAUGCCGUCUCUUCUCCGUCACACUAUAUUGACGAAACACACUAUAUUGAUGAAAAUGCAGUUAUCUGUUUAGAUGGCGAUCUUUGCAAGAUCCGUAACACUUUCAGUUACAUUGGAGGGGAUUCCAACCUUGAUACAUCAAUUGCUUGUGAUUCGUGUGAUGCGUGGUAUCAUGCUAUUUGCGUGGGUUUUGACGUAGAAAAUGCAUCAGAGGAUACAUGGGUAUGUCCGAGAUGUCUCUCUAGUGAAAAAUCACAUGAACCUGAUACAUCACCAAUGGAAACACAACCUGAUACCUCACCAGUGGAGACAAGAAAGUCCCUGGAUAUUUCUGAGAAGACAAAUAGCGGAUGCUCAUCAGAGGCUGUUUACUCUGGAAACUUUUCAGUUACAGUUGCUGAUGAAGGCGAGACAGCUCUUGUUGUAUCAAUAGUCAAAGGAGACGAGUCUCAUAUGGAACCAAGUGAUACCAACCCAUUACCAGUUGAAGCUAAAAUGGAUGGAGACCCAGAUAGUUCGCAUCUGAAAAGUCUGUGUAGGGAGGAAAAUACAGAACAGGUCCCAGUAAAAUCAGAGCUCAAGCAGUCCUUACCACAUGAUAUAUCAUCAAGACUAUCUUCUGAUUCAUAUCAACCAUUUUUUGCUGCAGACAUGGAGAAAAGAGCAGACCCUGUUAUAGAGAAGGACUGUCUGUCAGUAGAUGAUAAAAAUGAUCUUUCCACUACAGCCAUUUCCAAUUCAGAUGUUCCUAGUGUUGUCAGCUUAAAGAGAAAGCAUUCAGAUUGCAGUGGGGAUGAUGGCAAUUCAGAAAUUAAACCUGAGAUUUACAAAGCUCUCAAUAAACCAAAACUGGAGGAAGAGGAAGAAUUAGCUACCUUUCACCACGAGAGCAGAUCCCCUUCAAACAGAUCCCCUUCAAACAAUACAACUGUUGAUAUAUUCAGCAUUGUCAAAGGAACUGGGCGUAGAAAAAAUCUCAUGCGUUCAAAUCCUACUGAUAAGUCUUCAGAAGGAGAGAAUGCUGCUGGUUUGAGGGUAAAGAAGAUCAAGAGGACACCGGAGGACGAGCAAGAGUCAAUGGUUCUGGUUGAGAAACUAAGGAAAGAAAUAAGAGAAGCCGUUCGUAACAAACCGAUGGAGGACAUCACAGAAAACCAAUUCGAUCCAAAACUUUUGGCCGCCUUUAGAGCUGCUGUGGCAGGACCUAAAACUGAUGAAGCACCUAGAAAAAUUUCGGCUCUGGCAGUGAAGGCAAAGAAGUUGAUGCUGCAGAAAGGAAAAGUCAGAGAGAAUCUGACGAAGAAAAUUUAUGCAGAUUUAAAUGGGAAGCGGAAAAGUGCAUGGCACCGGGACUGUGAAGUUGAGUUUUGGAAGCAUCGGUGCAUACAAAGUAGAAAGCCUGAAAAAAUUGAAACUCUGAAGUCUGUUCUUAGCCUCUUGAAGAAGAAACCAGGUGACGCCAAAACAAACUUUUCAUCUGAAACCCCACAGGCCUCAAAUCCUAUCCUCUCCAGAUUGUAUUUGGCAGAUACCUCCGUGUUCCCGAGAAAUGAUAAUCUCAAGCCUCUGUUGGCACCAAAAGAAACGGGAAACUCACAAAACAAUGCAAAACCCACAGAAGCCAACAAAACUUUACCAAAGAUUAGUGAUGCCAAGGGGAGCAGGUUAAAAGCUGCUGGAUCAAAACUGAACUCAGGAAACAAACAGUCGGAUGGGCAGCCUAAUCUUAUAUCGAGUAACUCUAAGGAAAUGUUUGACAUUCCUGACGAUCUCAAGAAAGACAAAAGGAAAUGGGCAUUGCAGGUUCUUGCAAGAAAGAAAGCUUUAGCUGGCAACAACUCAUCCCAAGACAGAGAAGGCUCUCCCGAGCUCAAAGGGAAUUAUCCAUUGUUGGCUCAACUUCCAGCUGAUAUGAGACCAAGCCUUGCAACCAGUCGCCAUAAUAAAGUUCCUGUUGCAGUUAGGCAGACACAAUUAUAUCGCCUGACAGAACAUUUCUUAAAGAAAGAAAACCUUCUGUCUGUUCGAAGAAGUGCAGCAACAGAACUAGCCGUUGCUGAUGCUAUAAAUAUCGAGAAAGCGAUCGCUGACAAAUCAAGUAGCAAAGUUGUGUAUCUGAAUUUAUGCUCACAAGAAAUACUUCAUCAUUCAGAGAGCAAAGCGAUGGAUAAUGCUGUAGAACCGAAUUCGUCAUCACCAAUGGCUGUUAACGAUACAGAACGUAUUAGUGGUAAAGAUUCAGAUGAUCCCGCCGUCCUUGAAGCGCUCAGAGCAGCAGGUCUUGCUGAUUCACCACCAAACAGCCCAACCCGUUCAACAGAAGUUCCUCCAGAGAAAGGAGACAGUUUCUUGGACAAAGCAAGGGCAGGCCCAGAUAAUGUACUUGACUUAGAUUCCGUUCCUGAUACAGACAUCUUUGGGGAUUUUGAGUAUGAAUUGGGUGAAGAAGACUAUAUGGGUGCUACCAUGACUACAAAAGCUUCAGUAACGCAGCCGGAUGAAAGCCUGACUAAGGUGAAGGUAGUUUUGUCCACUAUUCAACCUGAAAAGUCUUUGAUACAAUCUGAAGUCUUGGGGGAUGAAGAGACAACUGAGAACCAAAAGGAGACCAGAAAUGGCAAAGAAGAUGGAAAGAGCUUUGUUCCUAUGGAGCCUGUACCCGAGGCCGAGGGUGAAGGAGAAGGAGAAGGAGAAGGAGAAGGAGAAGGAGGAGGUGAGAUCCUUUCUGUAGCUGAAUGUGAAGAACUAUACGGACCUGGUACAGAGAAACUAGUUGAGAAACCUCUCAUUGAAGGAUUUGAUGAGAAUGGUGUUAAAGCUAAAGCACCUGAUUCAGAGUGCGAGAGCAACACGCAGAGAGAGUUCAUCGCUUCAAACUUUGAAAUCCCUUCCAUUCAAGAGAAAAAACUUCCCAGAAGCAUUCAAAAGUGCAAACCAAGCGAAAAGCCGUCUAAAGAGGAAAAAGGCAAAGCUGAUGGGUUUGGUAACUCCAUCACCAAGAAGGUGGAAAUAUACAUCAAAGAACAUAUCAGACCACUAUGCAAGAGCGGAGUGAUAAACGUGGAACAAUACAGAUGGGCAGUGACGAAAACCACAGAGAAAGUGAUGAAGUAUCAUAGCAAAGCCAAGAGUGCUAACUUCUUGAUCAAAGAAGGAGACAAGAUCAAGAAACUUGCCGAGCAAUACGUCGAAACCGCUUCCUCUGGAGCUCACCACAAGGACAAGGACAAGGGCAAAUGACAAUCAGACGCGUAAAUAAGAUGAAGAAACAAAGUAGUUCAGUACAAAAACGUAAAUAGAUUUUAAUUAGCAUCUCUCUUUUGUCUUCUCCACGAGUUUUGGAGAUUCAGUCUUCUCUUAGGGCAAGAAAAUCAAUUCUUGUUU